GAGAAAUGAUGUGCUUCUCCAAACUGCCAGCUGUCCUCCUCAUCCUCUCUGUGGCAUUAAACCACUUGAGAGCUACACCUGUCAGAAGUGGUACCAACCCUCAGAUGGACAAACGGAAGUGCAACACGGCCACGUGUGCCACACAACGCCUGGCAAACUUUUUGGUUCGUUCCAGCAACAACCUUGGUCCAGUCCUCCCACCAACGAACGUGGGAUCGAAUACAUAUGGCAAGAGGAAUGCGGCAGGGGAUCCAAAUAGGGAAUCCUUGGAUUUCUUACUCAUUUAAAGUCAAUGUACUUCUGCAACACUUAAUACUUUAUGUGUAAAUGCUCUGGUGAUUUCCUGAAUAAUUUAACAGUGCCUUUUCCAUCCCCCGCCCCCAAUGAGAAUGCACAAUGUGCCUGUGCUUGCUGACUGUGUGUGUAAAUUCUCAUGCUAAGAAUUUCUUUAAACUGAGUAUUGAUCAAGUUCAGGGUGAAGACAAUGUCUCUAAUCACACAUGUUCUUGCUAUACAUUUAUAUUUUAGGAACACUUAAAAUUUCUGAUUUUACCUUGUACCUCUAUGACUCAAGUUUAACAAUAAAGAAGACCAUGGGAUGAUG